AUGAAUUUAUUUGAAAUUUAAUCAGAAUCAGAUUUAUAGAAAACGUUUCAUUAAUAAUUUAGAAAAAGGACUUCUAUUUAAGAUAAUCAACACAAUUAUAAAAUCUUUAAAUUUGAUAAAUGCUAAACAAAAAGUAAACUAUUAGAAACUAUAAGGAUGUAAAAGUUUUAAUAAUAAUUUUGCAAUUCCAUUUCAAUAAAUAAUAAAUUAAUUUGAUAAUAAAGAAUUAAUUUCUAGUUGUCAAUGUUUAGAUUGUGGUGGUAGAAUUAACAAAAAAAUAUUAAUUUCUAAAAAGGAAUUAAAUGACCCAAUAUAAUCUAACUCUAAAUAAAGAUUUCCAAUCUCACCUUAGUUGUCAAUUUAGCCAUAAUAUGUAAGACCAUCUAAUCGAGAUCUAAGUUUGGUUGGAUCACCUUCUCAUUUUAGUAUCAUUUUAUUUUUAUUUUUAUGUGAAAAACAUUCCAAAUAGAUAAUUUAAAAAAGUAAUCGUGCGUCUGUAAUGCCAGUAAUCUAAUUAAUAAAAGCAUAAAAUUUAAUGAAAAAAAUUAGUUAAACUCAUAAAAUAGAAAAGGAAAUAAAAACAAAAAUUAGCAUAUCUACUCAUAAUUUAUUUAAUAAGGUUUAAUAAAAGAUGAUUAUUACCAAUAAUCAUAAUACUGAUAAAUUAAAAUAUGUUUAAGUAUUAGAAAAUAAGAAUACUAAAGAAAUAGCAAAUAAAUUACAUAAAUACACAUCAAAUUGUGGUUAAUUUAGAAUUAAAACAGAAUCUUAUAAUUAUAACUUUGCUUCAAAUAAUUAGAAGAUUUCUGUUAUUAAUAUACCAAAUCUAACCCAUUUAGAAAAUCUAAACAAAAAUAGUAUUAGCAUAUAUGAAUCAAAGACACCCAGACUUUUUUUGGCCAGAAGUGAAACAUAUAAUCUAAAGCAACCUUUAACCUAAAGACUUAUGUGUACAUAUCUUAAAAAAUUAAAUAUUAAUUCUAAAUUAAUAAAAAGUAAUAAUCAAGUUUGA